GGUAAUUGAGAAUGGGUCCUCAAUGAUGCUAAGUCUACAAUGGGAAGUGUCACACUUCGCUAUUUCUGCUAUGGGUGCCUUUUCACAUCUGUGACCUGGACACUUCUGCUCUUUGUUUAUUUCAACUUCAGUGAAGAGAACCAAUCCUUCAAGAAUGUGCCCGUCAAGGGGCUGGAACCUCAGAGGCCAUUUCCAAAAAAAUUCUACCCCCGUUUUACACGGGGACCUGUUCGUAUACCUGAAUUGCAACAGAAAGAGAAUAAGAUAGGAAAUCCUCUUGGAAAUCAUGUCCAGGACCCAGUUAAGGGGGAGGUGGAAUUCUCUCCUGAAAUGGGAAUGAUUUUUAAUGAAGAAGAUCAGGAAGUGAGAGACUUAGGUUAUCAGAAGCAUGCUUUCAAUAUGCUUAUCAGUAAUCGGCUGGGAUACCACAGGGAGGUGCCUGAUACAAGAGAUGCAAAGUGUAGGGAGAAGUCCUACCCUUCUGAUCUGCCCUCUGCCAGUGUUAUUGUCUGUUUCUACAAUGAAGCGCUUUCUGCGCUGCUUCGCACGGUACAUAGUGUCCUAGAUCGCACUCCUGCACACCUUCUUCAUGAAAUUAUUUUGGUGGAUGACAACAGUGAAUUGGCUGACUUGAAGAAAGACUUGAGUGAAUAUGUUAAAACUCAGCUUCCAAAAACCACAAAAUUGGUAAGAAAUGAGAAGCGGGAAGGCUUGAUUCGAGGAAGGAUGAUUGGAGCCUCUCAUGCCACUGGGAAAGUGCUGGUGUUCCUGGACAGUCACUGUGAGGUGAAUGAGAUGUGGUUACAACCUCUGCUGACUCCUAUCAGAGAAGAUCGCAGGACGGUGGUGUGCCCUGUGAUUGACAUAAUUAGUGCUGACACGCUUACCUACAGCUCUUCCCCAGUUGUGCGUGGAGGAUUUAACUGGGGCCUGCACUUUAAAUGGGAUCUUGUUCCUUUGUCAGAACUGGAAGGACCCGAGGGAGCCACUGCUCCAAUCAAGUCACCUACUAUGGCUGGAGGCCUGUUUGCCAUGGAUCGUGAGUACUUUAAUGAACUUGGACAGUAUGAUAGUGGCAUGGACAUCUGGGGAGGAGAAAAUCUGGAAAUAUCUUUUCGGAUCUGGAUGUGUGGUGGUAAACUUCUGAUCAUCCCCUGCUCCAGGGUGGGGCACAUUUUCCGUAAAAGGCGUCCCUAUGGCUCACCAGGGGGACAGGACACUAUGGCUCAUAACUCACUGAGGCUGGCACAUGUGUGGAUGGAUGAAUAUAAGGAGCAGUAUUUUGCUUUGAGACCCGAGCUAAGGAUGAGGAAGUACGGAAAUAUUACCGACCGUGUAGAAUUGAGAAAAAGAUUGAACUGCAAGUCAUUUAAGUGGUAUUUAGAUAAUAUCUAUCCUGAGAUGCAAAUAUCUGGGCCCAACGCCAAAGCUCCACAGCCAGUUUUCAUUAACAGAGCACAGAAACGACCAAAAAUAGUCCAGCGUGGAAGGCUGUAUCACCUUCAAACCAACAAAUGCCUGGUUGCCCAGGGCCACCCAAGUCAGAAAGGAGGCCUGGUAGUGGUUCGGGAAUGUGACUACAACGAUCAAAACCAGGUCUGGAUUUACAAUGAAGAUCAUGAACUGAUUUUAAAUAAUCUCCUUUGCUUGGAUGUUUCGGAAACUCGCUCGUCUGAUCCACCUCGUCUCAUGAAAUGCCAUGGGUCUGGUGGCUCACAGCAGUGGACGUUCGGGAAAAACAACCGCCUCUACCAGGUCUCCGUGGGGCAGUGCAUGAAGGUGGUAGAUCCACUCAGCCACAAAGGGUACGUGAGCAUGGCCAUCUGCGAUGGGUCCCUUCCUCAGCAGUGGCAUUUUGAGAGCUGAGACAACAAGGAUGCAGCCGAGAAG